GCGCACCUGGGAAGCGGAGGAAAAAUCUCGCAUUCGCAUAAAACAAAGCAGCGGCCGAAAAAAAAUGGAGGCAUGAGCUGCGCCUCCUCCCCGUCCCACGCCGAUCCCCCGCAAACCCUAGCCCCGACCUGACCGCCGGCGGGCUCGCCGGCCGGAGAGGGAGUCGCCCCCCACCUCCCACCCCAACAUCUGCAGCGGUCGGGGGGAGCGGGCGGCGGGCGAGAUGCCGUCGCACGGGGAUCUGGACCGGCAGAUCGCGCAGCUGCGCGACUGCAAGUACCUGCCCGAGGCGGAGGUCAAGGCGCUCUGCGAGCAGGCCAAAGCCAUCCUCAUGGAGGAGUGGAACGUGCAGCCGGUCCGCUGCCCCGUCACCGUCUGCGGCGACAUCCACGGCCAGUUCUACGACCUCAUCGAGCUCUUCCGCAUCGGCGGCGACGCGCCCGACACCAACUACCUCUUCAUGGGCGACUACGUCGAUCGUGGCUACUACUCAGUGGAAACGGUUUCUCUGUUAGUGGCUUUGAAAGUCCGGUACAGAGAUAGAAUUACGAUACUUAGAGGAAAUCAUGAGAGCAGACAAAUCACUCAAGUGUAUGGCUUCUAUGAUGAAUGCUUAAGAAAAUAUGGAAAUGCAAAUGUAUGGAAGUACUUUACAGACUUGUUCGAUUAUUUGCCUCUCACAGCUCUUAUAGAAAAUCAGGUCUUCUGUCUUCAUGGUGGCCUCUCUCCAUCAUUGGAUACAUUGGAUAACAUUCGUUCUCUUGAUCGCAUACAAGAGGUUCCUCAUGAAGGACCCAUGUGUGAUCUUUUGUGGUCCGACCCAGAUGACAGAUGUGGUUGGGGAAUUUCACCAAGAGGAGCAGGUUACACAUUUGGGCAAGACAUUGCACAGCAGUUCAACCAUACAAAUGGUCUCUCUCUCAUCUCAAGGGCCCAUCAACUUGUAAUGGAAGGAUACAAUUGGGCACAGGAUAAGAAUGUCGUCACAGUCUUCAGUGCACCGAACUAUUGUUACCGCUGUGGUAACAUGGCUGCAAUUCUUGAAAUCGGUGAGAACAUGGACCAGAACUUCCUCCAAUUCGACCCUGCGCCUCGGCAAAUUGAGCCGGACACGACUCGCAAGACCCCAGACUACUUUUUGUAAUUGUGGUGACCUUAACUUACCGGUGUUGAUGCUCCUCUCUUCCGCAGUGUCAGGGUCUGUAGAUCUUCUGUCCUUAGAUACGGGUUCUGUGAGCCCGAGCUGUAUGUCUCCCAAUUCUUUUGUUUGGAGAUUUUUUGCUGCUUCUCAAUCUUUAUACAAGAUAUUAAAGGUUAAAUGCCAGUGGAUAUUUUUUCUUUUUCUGUUGUACUUCAACUUUGUAUUAUUUGUAGACAGUGAAGGGAAGUUGCAGUAGAAUCACCCCUCGUUUGUUUUUCGUUUUGGUCUAAAACAUGUGGUCAGAAUCAUCAUAUCAUCUGCCUGGCUGAAUAAAUUCUGUCCGGAUGGGGAGGUGCUUUUGGUUUGGGUUUGCA